AUGGGCGGGAGAGGCUGGCAUGAUGGGAAUCAGGACUGUACGCGUGUGUUAUGUGCCGGGUUGAAUGGGAAGGGAGAAGUAAGAGCCCAAGAGGCAGAGAGACUGGGAGAGGUGUGCAUCUAGCCACAAUGUCCACCAAGAGGUUGCGCAGUGACGACUACAGUGACUACAGCUCAACAGAGGUGUCCCCUGAUGGCAGCCCUCCAGAGGGCUUAAACAAUUUUUCUGGCUCAGCAUCCUAUCAGCGGUUUGGAGGGGAAGAUGGGACAACAUGGCUUCAAACCUUAAUACAUCUCUUGAAAGGGAACAUUGGUACAGGUCUGUUGGGUCUUCCAUUAGCCAUCAAAAAUGCUGGCAUUGUGAUGGGUCCUGUCAGCUUGCUUGUGAUUGGAAUAAUUGCAGUCCACUGUAUGGAUAUCCUGGUCAAGUGUGCCCACCACUUCUGCAAAAAACAUCAGAAGCCAUUUGUGGAUUAUGGUGAUGCAGUGAUGCAUGGGCUGGAAGCCAGCCCCAUUGCAUGGCUACGGAAUCAUUCCAUCUGGGGAAGGUAUUUAGUGGGUUUUUUCUUGAUUGUUACUCAGCUGGGAUUCUGCUGUGUAUAUUUUGUUUUCCUAGCUGACAAUCUGAAACAGGUGAUAUCUGCUGCCAAUGGUACGACCAACAACUGCAAUUCUAAUGAAACCUCACUAUUGGCUCCAACCAUGAGCUCUCAGUUAUACAUCCUGUGCCUGUUGCCCUUUGUGAUAUUACUAGUUUUCAUCCAGAAUCUCAAGAUACUUUCCAUUUUCUCCAUGCUGGCCAACCUCCUCAUGCUUACCAGUUUGAUAAUGAUAUACCAGUACAUUGUCAGGGGCAUUCCAGAUCCCUCCAAUCUGCCACUGGUGGCCCCAUGGAAGACAUUUCCACUGUUUUUUGGCACAGCCAUCUUUGCUUUUGAAGGCAUUGGUGUGGUGCUCCCUCUAGAAAACAAGAUGAAGACCCCUCAGCACUUCCCCAUCAUUCUUUAUGUGGGGAUGGCAAUUGUGACCAUGGUCUACCUCAGCCUGGGAACGCUGGGAUACUUACACUUUGGAGCUAACAUUCGUCCCAGCAUAACUCUCAGUCUGCCAAACUGUUGGAUGUACCAGUCGGUCAAGCUCCUCUACUCCACUGGGAUCUUCUUCACUUACGCACUCCAGUUCUAUGUCCCUGCAGAGAUCAUCAUCCCUACAGCCCUCGCACAGGUCCCACAGCGCUGGACCGUAUGGUUCAAUCUGCUCCUGAGAGCAUGCCUUGUCUGCGUCACAUGUCUGCUAGCAAUCCUGAUCCCGCGGCUGGACAUCGUCAUCUCUCUGGUGGGUUCGGUGAGCAGCAGCGCUCUGGCCCUGAUCAUCCCACCCCUCUUGGACAUCCUCACUUACUCCUCGGAAGGCAUGCACCCACUUACCAUUGCCAAAGAUGUCAUGAUCAGUUUCCUAGGCUUUUGCGGAUUUGUGGUGGGGACUUACGAGUCUCUCGCAGAACUCAUCGUCCCGACGGUUUCCAAUGUCACCAGUGCCUCCCCGUGACACUUCCGCCUCUCCACAGCUUUCACUUCCUCAUUGCCGUGCCACUUUUCAGCAGCCUGAUGGGAUCCUGAUAUCCUCCGUAGCAACUGCAGUGACCGGCUGAUCCUUUCCCCCUCCCAAACAUACUUAUAUAUAUUUUUUCUAACAAAGGAACAACACUGCAGUGAAUAGGACAGGACUUGGAUCUCUGUGGCCCAUCUACACUUCUUUGUGUGCACGCCUGGGGUUGAUACAAGAGCCUUCACAGAAUGAAGAUUGGAGCGAACCAGGAUGGAAUGGGCUGCUGUUGUCUUCUGAGCGGCCGUCAACCUUCUUGAGACACAGAAUGGUCUGCAAGAGGCUUGGCGCCAUUACACGCUUCUGCAUCUGGAGCAGGGAUUGUUUGAGGGGGUCUACAAAUCACGGUGCUGUUCAGAAGUCACCACGAAUAACAGUUUCUUUGUUGCAGCUCUGAAGCACUUCUGCUGGCCAUGUUAAAGAGUGCAUGGUGCUCUAAAUGCAGAAUUGAGUUACUGUGUAAAUUGCAUUGUCUGAUAUUUAUUAUGGAAGGUGGUGUGUAACUUGGGAAUGGCAGAAAGCAGAGAAGAGGGGGAAGGGGAAAUGAAAGACAGUUAGCUUUUUUCUUUUAGUGGAUGUUGCACAUUGGUGUUCCCUUUCCUGUUAUUGUUUUUUUUUUUCCCUGCUGUAAUCGUUCUCUGAUUUGGUGCGUUUAUUGGUAGCAAUGCAUAGUCUCAUAAGCAGGUUCAGGCAGCUUCAGUUUGGCUGUAUGCAGAAAAGAAUGGCAUGCUUAGAAGCUCAGGCUCCUGUAUGCAAUAUCUCCCCAGGCUGAAACCAGGACACAACAGAUAUUUAAAAAACACUAAGAGAAACAUGCUUGCUGGAGAAGAGCACAGGAUGCAGGACAGGAAAAUGUUUUAGAGGAAGAUAAUUUCAUUCACUGUUGUAUCAUCAGAGAGGGGACUGGCAAACCAAUAUAAACGAUCCUCUCUUGUCAAGGAAACCAAAAUCAAAGGGUGAUAAUAUGAAGGGAAGUUUCUUACUUUAAAAUUACACCCAACCACCCUGCCACUGCAUGUUGCUGCCUCACUCUGCUGCUAACAGGUAACCUCCAUAACGCAGGCCCCAAUUUAAACGUUGUCCUCUCAGUCUAGCAGUGAAAAUGUAGACCCACUGGUGGAAGAGAACCCCCCCCCUUCUACAGCCUUCUGCCCCCUGCAAAGUUUGCUCCAAAAUGUUAGAAGACCCUCCGAGGAAGAUUGGGGGAAGGUUUGUUUGCUGCACAGAUGCGGUAGGUUAGGGGGAAGCUUUGCUGUGCACAGGGCCCUGUAAUGAAGUGACAUUGUUCUCACAAGCAGCCUGAGAUAAAAAGCGAAAUGUCAUGUACAGUACUCUGAGGAAGACCUGUGUAUCUUAUCUUAAAAAGUGGACUUGGCAGGUGCGGCUUUCUCAGCCCUAAUUGCAGCACUUCCCUAACCACGUGUGCUCAGAAGUAACUUGCACUUACUUCAGCGGAGCUUACUUCCAGGUAGCUUUCUGUAAGAUUGCAGCCUUGACAUCUUAACAAGACCCAUUGUUAAAGUUUAUUCUGCAGACAAAGUGGCCUGUAAGAAAAAAAUCAAUUGUGUAACACCAUCCAAUUAUCGUGUAUUUAACAUUAUUUUUUCCAGUUCAUUUCUUUUUCUACUUCAUGCAUCGCUUGCAUUGACUCCAUCUAGCUCAUCCAUGACUGCCACACUACUGGCGUAGGUUGUCCUCCUAUACCCAUUACCUGGGAGGAGCUCUUCCUGAAUCCAGUGAGCUAGAUAGAUAUAUGUAAGAUUGCACUGUUAUUUUUUUUUUCAAUUAAUGAGCAAAUAAUAAGAUCAUGGGUGCAGUAUCUGAGGUUUCUCUUUUUGAGAACAGCCCUUCUGUAUGGAUUUCUUUACAACAGCGUGAAGUGCAUACAAUUUCAGUCUUUCCACUGCCCAAGCACAGAGCUGGGAAUAAGGGAUUACAUGAGCAGUCACAGAUGUCUCUCCAGCGGUGGCACUUUUGUGUUCCAGUGUCAUUUUUGACAGGCAUUUACUCAGGCAGAAGUAGGAGUGACCUGCGUUCUUUAAUUGACGUUUUUUGUUAAAGGAUAGAGAGUGACUUCUUAAAUAUAUAAUCAUCAUGGUCAAUCCUCUUCUCUCCACUUUUUAUGUUGAUACCAUUGUAAGAGACAGUUCAGAUUAAUUUCCUGUCCUCUUUCUCAUGCCCUUAAAUGACAAAUGUGCCCACUGAGGUGAGCCAGCUUUCACUGGCCAAAACGCCUCUUCCUACAUGGCAAUAGAGGCAGGAGAUUAUAAGCACACCAGGUACCUUCAGUCUACUGUCUCCGUUACUUAAUUCUGAAACAUUACCUGAAAUUACUUGAGUUUUUCCCAGUGAGUCUAGGACACUGGAAUAUUGGAUCCUUUACAGAGCAGAGCUCUGCUGUGACACUGUCUUUCUUUGUGCCUAUUCAUAUUCUAUCUAUGUUGCCACAAGAGUUGUAGUUGAUAUUAUAUAGAACACCUGCACAAUGUUCGUAGGAAUAAGAGUAGAGAAAGUGAAAUGAGCUAAGAAGUUGUAACUUCAUAUGAGUGUCUCUCUUUUAUGAGCAGGUAUACAGUACUUAGACCCUUUUUCCAAGAUUCUUUGUGAGGGGUAUGCAUUAGAAUAAGUCAUUUCCCAUAAGCAGUGGGCUGGACUUCUGCAGAAUUUCUCAGUUCCUUGCUAAUGUUGUGCUUUGAGUUGUUGUGGGUCAGUCACUGUGCAAAAAGUAGGACUUUUGCAAUGUGGCACAAUAUUUGGGAGAAGGGGCCGUGGAUGCAAAGAAGCAAAAUCAGGGUCAGAAGUGGGGAGAACAAGAAAUGGUUAUAGACUAUAUUUUGCCUUCAUUUAGCUCCCGCAUUCCUUUGGCUUUUGAGUGUCAAGAAACCGAAGACCACAGGGAUUGCAUUCAGAAUGUCAACAUGCCUUUUCUGUCGCCAUUGAACCAGAGGCUGGGAAAAAGAUAACUUUGGACUGUGGUGCUCAGGGCUAUGGGAUUCUAGUAACUGCAGUCUAAGAAAGUCAUUUGCCAACUUCUUUGUGUAGAACUUCCACUGGUUGGAAACUUUGUAGUACAGUACUUUCUUGUAUACAAGACAAGGAAGUAUUGUUGCUGACCUCCUGCCACUUCCAUGAUUUUAGUGGCUAAUGGCGAGAAUCCUAUUGGAGAGUUACACAUAUGUAAGUGACAUUGCAUAAGUCACAAGUGUAAAGUGCCACCAAGUAACAGUGUUAGUUACAUUUAUGACCAUAUGUGACUGGGAUGUAAAAAGGAAUGUGACUGGUGCCUCAUCAAUCUAUUGCAUUUUGGUGGUGCAAACUGAUUUCACUUGCACAUUCAUGUAUCUCUAACAGGAUUCUGGCUGUUGUGUGUUCACUGGCAUUGUGUGUACAAACAAAUGGAAGAUUCUUGUUAUUGUUGUUAGUUAUUUCCAUCUUUUAAAAUGACUUUAUUUUGACUUGAACUACUUUAAGUUUUUUUUUAGAGUAAUGUAUUCAUUAUUCAUUUUGCGGGGACACAUAUGGAUUAUUGCUAAUUAUAAUAUGUAUCACUGGGACAGAAAGGUAGUGCCAAAUAAUCAAACUAUUGUAGUUUUGUUAACAUUGCUUGUUCUGUGGUGGUCUUUGGGGAUACAGUGGGGUCUCUACUUAAGAACGUCCCUACUU